AUUUCAGAGCAAUGUUCAAUUCCUUCAAAGAGUUCCGAAUCAACGAAACUGUGAAAAACAUUUCUCGUUUUGUUGAUGAUGAGAGUUACUUCACUGACACGGAAGAACGAUUUAAUAUUCCAUGGAGAAUAGAAAUUAAGAAGAAGGAUGGCAAUUUUGAAUUAUUUCUGAAAUGCCAAAAAGAAGAAUGUGAAAACAGAAAAUGGUCAAUUGAAACUGAAUAUACAUUAAAAUUGGUAUCACAAAAUGGGAAGUGCUUGAUGAAAAAUAACAAAUACACAUUUGAAAAUCAAUUAGGACGUGGAUGGGAGUUUGUCAGUUGGAAAGAAUUGGAGAGUGAAUAUGUGGUUGAUGAUAGUAUUGUAGUUGAAGCUCAUGUCAAAAUAGUUAAAAUGACGGACUCUCCGUACGCUGAAGACACAAAUCAGAAAACAUUUCUAUUGAAUCACACUGUUAAAAAUGUUUUGAGUAUUAAAGAAGGAGGCAAAUAUUCCACCAAAACAGAGAAACGAUUCAAUAUUCCAUGGAGAUUAGAGAUUAAAAGACAGAAUGGAUUUUUUGGAUUAUAUCUCCAGUGUGAUAAAAAACUGUGCAAAAGGAGAAGCUGGACAAUUGAAGUAAAGGAUGAUCUAAGAUUGUUGUCUCAAAAUGGACAGAGCUUGAAUCUCACUAGCACAUCAAUUUUCGAAGAGCCUUCUGGUUACGGCUAUGGUAAACUCAUAAGAUGGGAUGAUAUGCUAGAGAAGUAUAUGGUGAACGACAGUAUCAUUAUUGAAGCUCGUGUUAAGAUAACCAAAACGAUUGGAUGUGAAGAUGAAACAAGUAUUGAUGAUUUGGAUGAUGAAUUCUCUGACUGUGUGAUCAAUGUUGGAGGGAAAAACUAUUCUGUAAAAAGACAAUAGACUGCAUUUUUCAUUCUAAUUCAUUUUUAUCACUGUGAUAUGAAACUUCUCUAUUUUCAACCUAAAAUGAACGUUAGUUUUGCACUCUCUACAUAAAUCAAUUAAACCUUA